UAAAAAAAAUAAAUAAGUAGAAUUUUGCGAAUGCUUUUUACCGAAUCCUGUUCCCCCAAAGAUGAUAGCAAUGGAUGAGCAGCGCAGCGACAAAAUCUAUGGCGGAUGCGAGGGGCCGGACGCCAUGUAUGUCAAACUAAUUUCCUCGGACGGCCAUGAAUUUAUUGUAAAACGGGAACACGCUCUCACCUCUGGAACCAUCAAGGCGAUGUUAUCCGGCCCAGGACAAUUUGCCGAGAACGAGGCUAAUGAAGUGCACUUUCGGGAGAUUCCGUCGCACGUCUUACAAAAGGUCUGCAUGUACUUCACUUACAAAGUACGCUACACCAAUAGUUCCACUGAAAUACCCGAGUUUCCAAUUGCACCAGAGAUCGCAUUAGAACUUUUGAUGGCGGCUAACUUCCUAGACUGCUAAAUUAUUGGUUAACUUUAUAUACUUUAUUAUCAAUUUAACAAGGAGAAAGCAAACUUGAAAGAAGCCUAAUUUUUGCCUGUGUUAAUUUGUAACGAAUCAAGAUGAUUGUCUCUGUAGGCGAGAAAAAAAUAAAAUUCUGUUAAUUUCCUAAA